AUGUCACUUGAUAUGAUUUGCAUUGCAAUAUGUAAGACGAAACCAGUUGUUGUGUCUAUCAACACAUCAGAUAUGUUCUUAAUGUUGAGCGUGUUCUUCACAGUUCACAAGACCCAUACCAGUCAUUGUUCACAAGAGUGCACCAGUCAAGCAAUGAGUCCGGCCGAGUGUAGGAGCGGCAAUCUGUUGAUUACUAGGACCAAAAUCACUAGCAAGCCACCCAGUAGCUGCAACCUGACUGACUGGCCACCUCUCAUUGCAGAACAGAUGGCGAAGGAUGGAGAGGCAGAGGAUAAACUGGGGAGGGCCAGCCAGAGCAGCAUGCAAGGCUCAGAGCUUAGCAAGAGAUCGCCAAGACAGCAGGCAGUGAGGAGGUCACAGUGCGUGAGAAGGGAAGGUUGUCUAAACAGAUGCAAAAGUGUUAGCGAAGAAUGCGUGGCUUGCGAGGGAUGCCAGGAGGAAUGUAGAAUCCACACAAAGGCAGUGCCUCUGCAAGCGUGCUAUAAGUGCAGCUCCUGCGACCAAACCUUCAGCCAGAAGAUAAGCCUCAACGUCCAUCUCAUGUUUAAACACGGGGCGCCGAGGAGGUACCAGUGUGACAAGUGUGACUACGAGGGGCCGAGGCUCUACCACCUGAAGCGACACAUGAAGGUUCACUCGGACGAAAGGCAGUUUGUUUGCCAGGACUGCGGCAAAGGCCUCAAAACUAUUCAAGCCUACAGGAAUCACAGGGUCCUCCACACCAACGUUGGCCGCUUUACUUGCCACAUUUGCAACAAAGCUUUCAACCAGAAGAGUCUUUAUGAGGACCACGUGAGGAGUCACCAGGUAGAGAGAAAUUUCGAGUGCACGUACUGCGACGCCACGUUCAAGACAUACAAACACGUAGCGUGUCAUAUCCGUGCCGUGCACCUCAACGACAAGCGAUUUAUCUGCGACGUCUGUGGCGCGCAGCACAUGACCGGAGCCAACCUAAAGACCCACAUGAAGAAACAUAAAGACCUAUCGUCUCUCCCGUACGCCUAUCACUGCACCAGUUGCGAGGCAGCAUUCCGCGGGGCAGAAGGCCUGGCGGUGCACGUGCGAGUAAUGCACAAAGUCAUCCUCUCAUCGGAUAGCGACAUGCCUGAAGUGUCGCUGUCAACCCUCCACCCUACGCGCCGACCGGUCAAGAUUCAGUAUGGUCUUUCUUCAAGUAAUAAUGACCCCGAUGACCCAGAAGAAAUCAGUCUGGAGGCGGACGAGUCGACUGUUUUGGUCGAAGGGGAGAAUCUUACGGUGGUGAAAGCGAAAACCUCGGAUAUAAUAUACGAGAUUUAA